AUGCCUGAGAAGGUGCACACCUAUUUUGGUGACUCGGACAAUGAGUCCUCUAAGCAGGCUCCUAAGGUUGCACCGGAACCGACGAUAGUCGAGGAUGUGGGCCGCAAGAAGAAGCGCAACAAGAAGCGGAAGCGCGACGAGCCCGAGGAAGCCCAGGCACAUCGCAACAAUGUGACAGUACAGGCUGAGCAACCUGUCAAGGCUGCUGCGCCGGUUACAGAGAAGCCUGUUACAGUAUCUACUGUGAACAAGGAACCUGAACUCAAACCCUCGCCCGACCAGACCGCCGCCCCGAAAUUCAACGCCAAGUCAAGACCUCCCAAGACCUUCACCGAUACAAAGACCAACUUCACCUCCCUCCGCGAAAAAGCGAACGCCCUCUACGAACUCCGCAAGAAACUCCCCAUCUUUGCCCAUGCCGAUGAAAUCCGACAGAAGCUCCGCGACCAAGAUGUCAUGCUGUUGGUCGGUGAGACCGGUUCCGGAAAGAGUACCCAGAUCCCACAGUUCCUGGUGAACGAGUUCUGGUGCCGACCGACACCCGCCAAGGUCUUGAAAGAGGAUGGGACGGAGAAAUCCAUCACCGUUGGUGGAUGUAUUGCGAUCACACAGCCUCGUCGAGUCGCGGCGAUUUCGCUGGCACGUCGUGUGGCUGAGGAAAUGGGUACACCACUUGGAUCUUCGUCGCCGGCUAGCAAAGUUGGCUACUCGGUGCGAUUUGAUACGUCUACGUCGCCUAGUACGCGGGUGAAAUUCUUGACUGAGGGAAUGCUGCUUCAGGAGAUGCUGCAUGAUCCUUGGUUGACCAAGUACAGUGCUGUUGUGGUCGAUGAGGUUCACGAGCGUGGUAUCAAUGUUGAUCUAGUUGCGGGCUUCCUCCGGAAUAUGGUCUCUGGGAAGAAGGAGGGCCGCGGUGGGGUGCCACUCAAGGUGGUGGUCAUGAGUGCUACGGCUGAUAUGGAGAGUCUGAUGGGCUUCUUCCAGGAAGGGUUUAAGGAGCAGGAGCAAGAGGAAAAGCAAAGGCAAAAGCAAAUAUCCAACGGGGCCGAGAACGGUGAUAGCUCGGAGGAAUCGUCAAUGGCGAUAACGGCUUGUCAUAUCAAGGGUCGACAGUUCCCUGUCAAGACCAUCUACUCGCCAGAGCCGGUGCAUGAUUUUGUCGAUGCGGCUUUGAAGAUUAUCUUCCAGAUUCAUUACAAGGAGCCUAUGCCGGGCGAUAUUCUGGUUUUCCUUACGGGUCAAGAGACUGUGGAGAACUUGGAGAAUUUGGUGAACGAGUAUGCCAUUGGCAUCGAUCCGUCAUUACCUAAGAUUCUCGUCCUCCCUCUCUUCGCAGCUCUCCCUCAAGCUGCCCAACAGCGAGUCUUUGCCCCCGCUCCACCGCGCACCCGCAAAGUUGUUCUUGCUACAAAUAUUGCAGAAACCUCCGUUACGGUGUCUGGUGUGAGAUACGUGGUAGACUGCGGCAAGGCAAAGGUCAAGCAAUUCCGCACCCGCCUUGGAUUGGACUCGCUGCUGGUGAAGCCCAUUUCCAAGUCAGCCGCGAUCCAGCGGAAGGGCCGUGCUGGUCGUGAGGCUCCCGGCCAAUGCUUCCGGUUAUACACCGAGAAGGACUACCUAGCUCUUGACGAGACAAACACUCCAGAGAUUCUGCGUUGCGAUCUUACCCAGGCUCUUCUGAAUAUGAAGGCUCGUGGCGUAGACGACAUCGUUCGAUUCCCCUUCUUGACCCGACCACCGCGCGAGGCUCUCGAGAAGGCCCUGCUUCAACUUUUGAAUAUCGACGCGCUUGCAGACGACGGUAGCAUUAGUGAGAUUGGUCUCCACCUCGCGAAGCUCCCUCUCUCACCGACCCUCGGACGAGUACUGUUGGCAGCCUCGGAGAAUGGGUACGACUGUCUACUGGAUGUCAUCGACAUCAUCUCUUGCCUGAGCGUGGAGAACAUCUUCCUCAACACCACCUCUGAGGAAAAGAAGGAAGCAGCCGAGACAGCCCGGCGGGAUCUCUACCGACGUGAAGGCGAUCAUCUGACGAUGCUAUCCACCGUGCGGGCCUACGCGGGCGAAAACGUGGAUCGCAAGGUGUGGGCAGAGCGACACCUGGUAUCCCAUCGGGCAAUGCAGUCCGUGAUGGACGUCCGCAAACAACUCCGCUCUCAAUGCCGGCAAGCUAAAAUGCUUCCGCGCGAAGAGCGAAACGAUCACUACCCCGAUCCAUCCCCCGAUCUGAUUCUACAAAGUUUCUUGAGUGGCUUUGCGACGAAUACCGCCCGGUUGGUGCCCGAUGGUAGUUACCGCACGCUUGUGGGAAACCAGACGGUCGCGAUUCACCCAUCGAGUGUAUUGUUUGGCAAGAAGGUGGAGGCCAUCUUAUAUAAUGAGUUCGUGUUUACGAAUCGCAGUUAUGCGCGUGGAGUGAGUGCGGUGCAGAUGGAUUGGGUUGGGGAAGCCUUGGCUGGGAGAUAG